GUGGGGCGCGGGCGUCCAGGCCGCGUCCAGCUGUGUGCAGCUGCCCGCAGGCCACGCUUUGAGCGACUGCUGAGCCGAGCGUCGGGGACACUGGGAGCAGGGACUGCAGCUUCGGACCCUCGGCCUACGGCCUGCACCUUGGGCUGCUACCCUCCUCCUCUUGUAGGUCCCCGGUGCGGCUUGGCUGACUCUCACUCGAGGCGUGCAGAUCCCGCAACCGCCACGCGGGUCGCGGAACUUGGGGAUAGGGCCUGACACUGGGACUCCCUAAGUGUUCCUAGUCACUUUAGUUUUGGGGGACCCUGGGUAUCUCUCUCUGGAAGGGUAGCACGCCUCCACACUCUGCAGGAGGGUGGUCCCCCGAAGUCGUCUUUCACUCCCUUGGGGUUCUUGGUUUAAAUUUGGAACAAGACUUGGAUCACCACGAAGCCUUUUUCCAUCCUGCUCUGGAUUUGUUAUGUCAGGUUGCUCCCUUCACCAUGAUUCCCUGCAGAGCAGUGCUGACUUUCACACGAUGUCUGAUCCGGAGAAAAAUUGUCACACUGGACAGUCUGGAAGAUUCCAAACUCUGCCGCUGCUUAACCACCAUGGACCUCAUCGCCCUGGGAGUUGGAAGCACUCUCGGCGCUGGGGUUUACGUCCUGGCUGGAGAAGUCGCCAAAGCUGACUCCGGCCCUAGUAUUGUGGUGUCUUUCCUCAUCGCUGCCCUGGCUUCGGUGAUGGCCGGCCUUUGCUACGCUGAAUUUGGGGCCCGAGUACCAAAGACUGGAUCUGCGUAUCUAUACACAUACGUCACGGUUGGAGAGCUGUGGGCCUUCAUCACUGGUUGGAAUCUCAUUCUGUCAUAUGUCAUAGGUACGUCCAGUGUCGCAAGAGCUUGGAGUGGCACCUUCGAUGAGCUUCUUAACAAACAGAUUGGCCAGUUUUUCAAGACCUACUUCAAAAUGAAUUACACCGGUCUGGCGGAGUAUCCGGACUUCUUUGCCGUGUGCCUUGUAUUACUUCUGGCAGGUCUUUUAUCUUUUGGAGUAAAGGAGUCUGCUUGGGUGAAUAAAUUUUUUACAGCUAUUAAUAUCCUGGUCCUUCUCUUUGUCAUGGUGGCUGGGUUUGUGAAAGGAAAUGUGGCUAACUGGAAGAUCAGUGAAGAAUUUCUCAAGAAUAUAUCAGCAAGUGCCAGAGAACCACCUUCUGAAAAUGGAACAAGCAUCUACGGGGCUGGCGGCUUCAUGCCUUAUGGCUUUACAGGGACGCUGGCUGGUGCUGCAACGUGCUUUUAUGCCUUUGUGGGCUUUGACUGCAUUGCAACAACCGGCGAAGAGGUCCGGAAUCCCCAAAAGGCUAUUCCCAUUGGAAUAGUAACUUCCUUACUUGUUUGCUUUAUGGCCUAUUUUGGGGUUUCUGCAGCUUUAACACUUAUGAUGCCUUACUACCUCCUGGAUGAGAAAAGCCCACUCCCUGUUGCAUUUGAAUAUGUCGGAUGGGGUCCUGCUAAAUACGUUGUCGCCGCAGGCUCCCUCUGCGCCUUAUCAACAAGUCUUCUUGGAUCCAUUUUCCCAAUGCCUCGUGUAAUCUAUGCUAUGGCGGAGGAUGGGUUGCUUUUCAAAUGUCUAGCUCAAAUCAAUUCCAAAACGAAGACACCAAUAAUUGCUACUUUGUCAUCGGGUGCAGUGGCAGCUGUGAUGGCCUUUCUUUUUGACCUGAAGGCUCUCGUGGACAUGAUGUCUAUUGGCACCCUCAUGGCCUACUCUCUGGUCGCAGCCUGUGUGCUCAUUCUCAGGUACCAACCUGGCUUGUGUUAUGAGCAGCCCAAAUACACCCCUGAGAAAGACAUUCUGGAGUCAUGUACCAAUGCGACCUCGAAGAGCGAGUCCCAGGUCACCAUGCUGCAAGGACAGGGUUUCAGCCUACGAACCCUCUUCAACCCCUCUGCUCUGCCCACACGACAGUCAGCCUCCCUCGUGAGCUUCCUGGUGGGAUUCCUGGCUUUCCUCAUCGCCGGCUUGAGUAUUCUGACCACGUACGGAGUCCAGGCCAUCGCCAGACUGGAAGCCUGGAGCCUGGCUCUUCUCGCCCUGUUCCUUGUCCUCUGCGCUGCCGUCAUCCUGACCAUUUGGAGGCAGCCACAGAAUCAGCAAAAAGUAGCCUUCAUGGUCCCGUUCUUACCGUUUCUGCCGGCCUUCAGCAUCCUGGUCAACAUUUACUUGAUGGUCCAGUUAAGCGCGGACACUUGGGUCAGAUUCAGCAUCUGGAUGGUGCUUGGCUUUCUGAUUUACUUCGCCUAUGGCAUUAGACACAGCUUGGAGGGUAACCCCAGGGAUGAAGAAGAAGAUGAAGAUGUCUGUCCAGACAACGUCAAUGCAGCAGCAGAAGAAAAGUCUGCCAUGCAGGCAAAUGACCAUCACCAAAGAAACCUCAGCUUGCCUUUCAUACUUCAUGAAAAGACAAGUGAAUGUUGAUGCCGGUCCGCAGCCCUACCACACAUGCCUUAACAAUGAGUACUCUACGGCAGGAAGCCACCAUCGUGCUGGGUUGUCAUGGGUCUGCUGCAGCCACGGUUUGCCUAACUUAUACUUCCUCCUCCGGACAGCUUCUCUUCAGAUGGUGGAUUAUGUGUCUGGGGAGACUGCCUGAGAGCACUCCUCAGUGAUACGUAUCCCCAAAACAGUAUGUCUGUGUGCGUACAUGUGUGCUUGGGAAUGUGAGUGUUCAAUGUUGUUGGUUCUUACUCUGUGACAUGAUUCCAGUGCAGUAACUGGUGGCAUGUACUGCACAUGCUAGUAAACAGUAUAUUGCUGAAUAGAAAUGUUAUUCUGUAUACAUCCUAUGUGGUUGGGGAAAUGGUGGUGGUUUUCUUUAUUAGGGUAUGACCGUCAGUUUGGAGGUACUGAAGCUGCCAUCCCCUGUCAUGAUGUUUAACAGUGGUCAGGGAUGGGGAAGGGAUAAGGAGUGGGCCCUUUCUAUAUAUUCUUCUCCUACUUGCUAAGACAGUUUUCUUAAGUGGCCAAAGAGAGUGCUUGUUUCCCCUAUACCACAAGAUGGAGAGGUAGUCUCUGACAUGAGAUGGCCAAUCCUGUCUUUGAGAGCCUCAGUCCUUAAACAUAACACCUCCACCUGCUUAAGUGAUACACCCCUCAAUCCCGUGAAGGUCUCAGGAAAGGUUCUAUGACCCUACUUGAGACCUUUUAAGCCAGAGAAUGGUAGUAGUCCCCGUGGUCUCCAAAGAUCAGACUUACACAGAUGCUUGGAUAGGUUUCCUGUUUUUAAAUGAAACUGAAGGCAGAAUGGGCCUCCACAUCAUGCAUUGGAUAGAAUGGUUCAGGUCAUUACUUCAUACCUAAUCACAGCUCAGUGUCUGCUGCUUCAUCAAGUAAACUCAGUCUUUUGCUUCUGAUGUAUCCUCUGAUCUGGAUGGGAAUGAAUGUGGUGGCAAAUUCUAUUUUUACAAUGUACCAAAAAAAGAUGCAGAUGAAGGGGCAUAGGAAAAUACCCUUAGUUCAGUAUCAGAGGGCAUUUGAGCCCAGUUAAAGGAUUUUAGACCUAAUUUACCUCUGAUAUUUCUUUUAGAAAUGUUUAGAGAUUCCCCCAUACCCACCCCAUCCCAUUGGUUUGUUGUUGUUCUUUUGUUUUUUGCGUUUUUUGUUUGUUCAUUUGUCUGUUUUUUUUGGUUUUUCGAGACAGGGUAGCCCUGAGACACACUCUGUAGACCAGGCUAGCCCUGAACUCACAGAAAUCCACCUGCCUCUGUCUCUCUGCCUCUGCCUCUCUGCCUCUGCCUCUCUGCCUCUGCCUCCCAAAUGCUGGGAUUAAAGACAUGCACCACUACUGCCUCUCUAUUUCGCAGUUUUAUUUCAUUUACCUUUAAAGGACCACACGAAGCCUCUUAACAACAGAUCAUCAAUUACUUUCAGAACACAGUUACAUAAAACUGCUAGCUAAAUAACCAAACUGAAUUAAAAGCACAGUGACCUUUGUAUAUGAUUAAAUAAACUUUUACACUUAAGAUUCUCUGAUUGCUACACUUUUACUUUAUAGGGCUCUCGGAUAGUGGAUUAUAAACCUCCAAUCAUUCUUAUUCCUUAUGAACUAACUUUGUAUAGAUAAUUAGAUGGUUUACUGGAUAAGUCUAGAGCUAGACACUCAUAGGUGUGGCACUCCCAAUACCCCCACGAAUGCUAGUUGCCCUGCACAGUCCGAGGAUAAGGAAGGUGGCUGCUUUCCCACAGUUCUUCCGAGAGAUCAUUUAUUUUACUGGUGCUGUUUUGGCAUAAGCAGGCAGUCAUUGUGAUUAGCUCUCAGAUAAGGUUCCUGGUUGUCAGGGAUGCAUCCCUGACCCAGAACUUAGUGCUGACAUUCCAAAAUUUCCAGGGUGUGUGCGCUAAAAUCCGAAGGCCAGAUGCUCUUUCUAACUGCUUGCUUUACAGAGGAGGAAUAGGAUAAAGAAGGGCUAAAAUAUUUUGGGAAGGACUGUAGGCAUGAUGUAGGAAUUUGUGAUGUCAUUAAUGGCUGCUCAGGGAGGGAGAAUCAGGGAGGAGCCCCAUGAUAGGUUAUCUAAUCCCAGAGAGUCAACAAGAGUUAAACACUUGUACGUGCAGGCAGCACUAAAUAGACUCAACAGAUCACACACACACACACACACACACACACACACACACACACACACACACACGUACUAUGUAACAAUAAUAAAGAAGAGGUUAUGGAUUUCAUAAGGAGUGGGGGGAAUUGGGAAAGGAGAAGGUAGAAAUUAUCAAAAUAUUUUACUUAUAUAUAAUAUUCUCAAAAAAAUUAAUUUAAAUAAAAAUCCUUGCUGCUACAGCAGUGCCCUUCACACAGGAAAUGUGAGCGGCCUCACAUAUGAAUCCAUGGAUCUCUUACUGUAACAAAAAACAGAGUCAUUCAGACUGUGAAAGGCAACCUCAAUUAUUGCGCCCACUGUGUUCGGUCAGGGGCAGAAUCUAGUCCAAAAUGUUCACACCGCAACACAUUGGAAACAUGAAUGUCUGUGAAGAGAUGCUUUCUCAGCGACCAUGCCCUUUCUUUCCUGUGAAGAACUGAAUGGACAGCAUGUCUGUAUGUGUAUAGUGUUUAUAAACACAUUAACAUAUGUAUGUGUGAUGUAUAUAUGUGUCUGUGUGUUCGUGGGGGAUUAGUUAUCAGUGUGUAAGUGUGUUGAGUUUAUGACGAGCUUUGGAUAUGAUAUUGUUACAUAGAUUUUUAAAAACCCAGUUGAUGUGGAGAGAGAUUAAUGUUUUAUACUGAUAGAUAAUUUAGAUUUUAAGCUAUUUUAAGAUAUACAAUUAUAUAUUUUUUUCUAUAGAUAGAUUCUUUAAGACAUAUUUAUCAUGUUUCUAAUAUGAAGUCGCUAAACUCUAAUAUAUUAUGACAGGUGCUUGGGAAUCUGAAUGGAGUAGGAGUCAAGGCCUUGAGACGUUCUCAUUUGUUUCUGUCGCACUGUUUCUGACACACACUGAAUGCCAGCACUACCGGCUCGGUGCCAACCCAGUCCUACACUUGAGUACAGUACACCUUGUACAAAAUGUCCUAGUCUGUCUUGGGAUCACCAAAAUAUUUUGUGUAGAUUUGACCAGCAAGCAAACACCCAGAAUCUCAAAUAAUUACACAUUCUAUUCAUCAUGACGAACAAAAGCAACUUGGAUUUCAUUCUUUCCCCCACCCCCUAUCUCUCUCUCUUCCUUCCUUCCUUCCUUCCUACACUGAGAACUGUGCCAUUGGCAUUUUCGGUGAGAUUGUCUCAUAAUAGCACUUUACCAUUAUAGCCUUUACAAAAGCCUGUGAACUAGCACAUGAAGUUCAUGCCAGCCGCACAUUUAAAAGGGUGGUUUUGAGAUCUCAAGUUUAGAAACCCCUGAGAAAAACUUACUAGAACCCUUGAGAUGUUCUCUAAUAUCUUAAUCUCAAUUUCCUUAGUGAUUAAACUGACAAUAAUAUUAAAUAACCAAAAUAUUAUAAACAUAUAUAUCAACAUUGAUAUGUAAAAGCAACAUUGAAACUAUUGUUGAUGUUACUUUAUUACUAACUGUAAUUGAUUUAAAAAAACAACCCCAGCUUCUGAGUCAUCUCCCUAAAGAAUAAAAGUUAUCUAAUUUUAUUUUUCCUAAAGUAUUUAUUUCAGCCAAAAAAGUUUUCUAAGUCCUCAAUGUUUACAGGUAGUUGUUUAAAAAUGUUUUCUAACAAAACACCGAGAGUCAGAAUUGUCACUAAAUCAUUUAAUAAGUUUGAACAUUUUAGCACAGGUGAAGAAGAAAUGUAAUUGGUUUAGCUUACGGUGCUAAGGAUGCAGAAGGAAUUCUGGCACCUUACCUUCUCCCUUAUAUCUGGAGUGCACAUGUGUACUCGUGUGUGUGUGUGUGUGUGUGUGUGUGUGUGUGUGUGUGUGUGUGUGUGUGUAUGGUACAGUGUAAAAAUAAACAGAGAGUAUCCCCAAAUUGCCAUCUAGAUGAUGAGGUUACACUGAAACCUUGCUUCCUGACAACACUACUAGGGAUUUCUCCAGAUAGACUCCAAGUGAUAGUCCUCGGAAUUCAACUUCAACAGCACUGUAAAAAGCUGGGCUAAGAGUGUUCUUCAUGGAUGAUUCACACUCACAUAAUGUGUAGGGCUUGGGGCUGGCUAGAUAAGUGACGUUAAUUGUCCUUUUUGCUAGUACCAGAAUAGUGCCUUCUGCAGGAAAUGCCUUCUGUACAUUUUCUACUUUAUAUAUCAAGGAAAAGGGCUGAAAUUCAUGCAGUCAAUAAUACUAGCAAAGAUAGUCUUAGCCAGAGAUGUGAAAAUAAGGCUUCUGUUUAGCUAAGACUUUGUUUUCCUGGUGUACCUAUCUUUAAAGAAUUUAAGACAGCUUUGUGGCUUUUAAGAGGCCUGCUUCUACUCUUGUAUUCCUGGUGUAGGUGUUGGCUUUUGUAGUAUUCAUGAUUGUUUAUAUCCACACAGUGUGGGCUUACUGGUUUCAGAUAUAUUCUGUUGUGUAAGCAUAAUUGAUUUUACACCUAUUGGACGGAGCUCUGCACCUGUCUCUUUAGCACUGCCACCAUAUCUGGUCUCUAAGCAGCCGUUCUGACCACUGACAGACCAUAGAGCUUACCUAGACUCCAGUUUGAUGCCACAGCCAGGCAGCCUGCAGUGCGUGGAUGUCUGUUGUUACACUCUGGUGGUGUCAUAGAUAGUGCGGUGGAGCAGGAGGUAAUGAAUAUCUGAGAUCCCUACCUCCAGUUCCAAACAGCUCAUGAGUGUGUUAAGAUGAAUAAGGACCAAGGAAUAUUCGUGACUCAUGAAGAGGGUGGCCAUGACUUGGAACUGGCAUGGUAGGGCCUGGCCUGCUGUAUUUCCUGCAGGUACACAGCGUCAAGGUGAGCAGUACAUCACCAACCCUGAUGGCAAAAGGCUUCGUGCUGCUUGCAGGGUGGGCUCCUGUACCCACGCUGCAUCAUGUCCACUGGCAGUGCCAAGCUGCCCCAUUGCCUUAUUUUGUUAUUGUCAUAUUUAAUAGCAGUUGUGCACAGAGGCCUAAAACCAUCCAGAACGUGUGCGUCUACAGAACCUUACAAGUAUCCUGUUGCAAGUACUUGUGCAAAUGUAAGGAAUGUGUUGUUUAGUAGCUAAUUUUGAUGUUUUUAAUGACAAUUGGUGUUCCUUUUUACAUGCAAAGUUGGACUCGGUUUUUUUUUUAGAAUUUGUAAAUAAAAACUUGCUGCUUUAACUGUUGUAAUAUAUGCUUUAUGAUGUAACCAUGUGUUUUUAAAUAAACCUUAUUAUGACUUAC